ACAUCAGUUUAGCUCAGUUUAGUCCACAAAGUCAAACAGUUCAUUUGCAAAUUUCAUUUGUAUAGAAGCAAAAGCACAACGAAAUGAAACGAUUUCUGCUCCUCACAUUAGCCGUCACGUUGCUGAUAAAGGAUACGCUUAGCUUGCCCACUAUUACCGAAUCUACACCCACUGACGAAGUCAAUGAAAUCGAGCAUGGCGCAGUUGCAUCUAUAAGUCCCGCAUCACCUACGGAAUCAGAAAGUUUGAGCGCCAGCGAACGUUUUAUAGUUUCGGCAUUCAAAAGAUACGCCAACCUACUCUUUUCCCAACUCAGGAGCACCCACCAAAUUGCCAAAGAUGUACUCGCCGACCCCACAAUUGCAGAGUUAGGCGACGAGCAGAUGCAUGGAAAAUUCGAGAGGCUACGCAAAUAUGUGACACAAUCAGAUUUAGAAGAAUUAAGAAAAGUACCGCCUGCAGAAAUACCAAACACAUAUUAUAUAGCUAUCGGAACCAUGUUUGUGCUUGGAAACUUUGACAGUGUCGCACGUGAGUUAAAUUCUACAAGCGAACAGGAUAGGACACCCGCUGAGAAAUUGCUUUGGGCAGCACUGCAGCGUCAUGGCUAUCAAGAGCACGUGGUGGAGUUGGAAAAACGUGGCAUAGAACUUUUCGAAAGUUAUGUGGAUGAUCUGGAAAAGUAUGUGAAAUCUCUUUCUCCCGCUGACCGGGAAAAGGAUGAGCUCUUAGUGCCUGGCUACGAUAUGUACACAAAACAUCCUGAGCGCUUUUCCAAAAAAGAAUUUGGCACUAAAAUUUUCGAUGUGGUCUUUCAUGAAGCGGAGAAAGUAUAUAAAUAGUUAACAAAAUUUAUUAAAAUUGCUUUUAAAAAAUACUUUAUAUAUAAAAAUACUUCAUAUAUAAAAAAUGUAUACUUAUACGCCUAAA